AUGGACGAAGAUACGGCGAUGGAGAAUAGCGAGCUGUCGCAACUAUUCAAGCAAAUGCAAGAUGACGGCAUCGAGCCAACAGAGCUUUUGGCCCAAAUGGCUGUGCAGGCGUACAAGGAGCAUAUCCGCACCGACAAACUAGAUUUGAUUGAUGCCGCUGUUGCCAUGGCCGCAGAGUCAGUCAAACGCACACCUGUAAGUAGCGAUACGCUUCCGACUCAUCUCUCCAUAUAUGGAGUAAUGUUGGCAAGCCGGUAUGAGCGAACAGGCAAUAUGGCCGACCUAGAAGCUGCUAUCCAGACAGCCCAGCAGGCCAUCAACUCCGCGCCAGACAACCAUCCUGAUCGGGCGGCCUGGUUAAACAACCUUGGAAACAAACUUAGAAGUCGAUACGAGCGAACAGGCGACAUGGUCGACCUGGAAAAGUCUGGCGACUCGUAUUCUUGUGCUUGGAAAUGCGAAAACAGCAUACCCUUCUAUCGUGUUCAAGCUGCGGCGCAAUGUGUGGACGUUCUAGGCUUAUUAGGAAAACUGAAUCAUGCCGCAGAACUUACCGGGAAUGCCAUUAACCUACUACCGACCAUCUCGAACAGAUCUCUCCAACGUAGUAAUUAA